AGCAGGAACUCGCCCAUUUUUACAAUUUUUACCCAUUACAAAUGGAGGAACACGAAGAUGCUCAAUACUGUUUUCCAGACCAAAACUCUUCUUGCAGAAAGGCUUUGCUAUCGACAUCUAUUUACAUAACACUGUACAUCUUCAUCUUAUUGAUUGCAGCGGUUACAGUAUUUUUGAACGUACUGGUGAUCAUCUCUGUCUCUCACUUCAAGAAGCUCCACACUCCAACCAACCUGCUCAUCCUUUCUCUGGCGGUGGCAGAUUUCCUGGUGGGACUGAUUGUGAUACCAGUAGGGACUGUAGCAAUAAUGGAAUCAUGCUGGUUUUAUGGGAAAUAUUUCUGUGUGAUUUGUCUCUAUAUCAAUUAUUUAUGUCUCUCUUUAUCUCUGGGCAAUUUGGUCUUGAUAUCAGUUGACCGCUAUGUUGCUGUGUGUGAUCCCUUGAUGUACCACUCAAAAAUAACAAUAACAAGAAUAAUUGGUUGUAUAUCAAUUACCUGGUGUUGUUGUAUCACAUACAAUGCUGUUAUUUUAAAUAACUAUGUUAAUAUAAAGGUACCCAGACAGUGUUUGGAAGAAUGUUUUGUUGUUGAAGGAUUUAUCUGGAGGAGCAUCAUUGACCUUCUAUUUACAAUUGUUAUCCCGUGCUCAAUUAUUAUAACACUUUAUUUGAAAAUAUUUGUGGUCGCCAGAUCACAGGCCAGAAAGGUAUUUAUAAAAGAGCCUGCCACCAAGUCUGGUGUUAAAACUGUACAGUCAAGUAAGUCUGAGAGAAAAGCAGCAAAAACUCUAGCUAUUGUUGUUUUCACCUAUCUCACUUGUUGGAUUCCAUUUUUUUUUAUCCUGUUUUUUUCUCGACAAUCAUCAGUUUACUUAAGCUUUCUGCCAUUUGUUAAUUCCUUAAUUAAUCCAAUCAUUUAUGCUUUAUUUUAUCCAUGGUUCAAAGUGACAGCUAAACAUAUUUUAACUCUGAAGUUAUAG